AUGGGAAAGAAGAACAACAAGAAAGCAGGAGGAGAUAUCUGGGAUGAUGAAGAUAUGAUGGCAGAGCAGCCACAAGCUGAGGAAUUUGGAGCGAGCCAGUCCGCUUCCGAAGAGACUCCAGCUGCAGAAAGCACGGCAAACAAUGGCGCAGAUGAGGCCUCGGCAGAUGAUAUUGCUGGUGACUUUCUCGGAUUAAUCCGUAAGAAUAAGCAGAAGAAAGCCGAAAGGGAAGAGGAAAAGAGCAAAGCUGAGGCAAACGGAGGAGCUCCCAAGAUUUUGUCCAAGAAGGAGAAGGAAAAGUUGAAAAAGGAGGCCGAAAAGCAGAAGAAGAAAGAGCAGGCCCAGGCAAAGAAGCAGCAGCAGGCUACCAAAAAGGAACAGAUCAAGGAGGCCAACAAACAGAAUGCAGCAGCUGCAUCAGCCUCUGCUACUCCUGAACCAGAGGAACCGCAGUCGGCUGCUGCUGCUGCUGCUGCAAAGGAGGAAAAAGCCAAGCCGGCAAAGAAAGGUAAGAAAGCUCCCGCUGGUCUUGCGGCUUUGAAGAAACAAUUGGAGUUGAAAAAGCAAAUGGAGGAGGAGCAAAGGAGAUUGGAAGAAGAAGAAGAACAGCGUUUACAGGAGCAGGAAAAGUUGGCCGCGGAGGAGGCAGCAAGAGCCGAGGAAGCAAGAGCUGCAAAGAAAGAGAAAGAUCGAUUGAAAAAGGAGCAAUUGAAGGCAGAAGGUAAACUUUUGACCAAGAAGCAAAAGGAAGAAAAGAAAUUGCAAGAACGUCGUCGCGCUCAGCUUCUUCAAGCUGGAAACGUUGUCGUUCCCGGCUUGCAGAAAGCCGAAGGUGAAGACGCUGCCAAACCAAAGAGGGUCGUUUACACAAAGAAGAAGUCCACAAAGCCAAAGACUUUUACUCAAAAGCCCGUGCAGACCAAAACUGACGAGGAGAGUAAAGAAAAGAACGACAAUGCGGAGGAAGAGGCUUUUGUAGACGACUGGGAAAAGAUGGCACUCAAUGAUGAAGAUGAAGAAGAAGGUGAAGACCAAAAGGAAGCUGAAAAGGAAGAGGAAAUUGCUGAUUGGGAAGCAGCAGCUAUUGCGGGAGAGAAGGAAGCAGACGACGAGGAAGAAACGCAAGAGGACGACGAGGAGUCCAAGAGAGAAAAUGAACUCGGCCAUAAAGAGGCUUCAGAAAAAGAUGCUGCCGCAAAGAAGGUGGCUGCUGCCAAGACCGCGAGCGAUAGAAGAGCCGAAGUCGAGUUGGAUGACAAGGAAGCUCAGAAAGAAGCUCAAGUUUCUGCUCCUGCCCCUGCUGCUGCUCCUGCUGCUGCUCCUGCUGCGAAGAAAGCCGAGGCUGCAACCACGACCCAGAAGAAACCCGAGGGUGCCGCCACUGAGAAGGAAUUGCGUUCUCCAAUUUGCUGUAUUUUGGGUCACGUCGAUACCGGUAAGACCAAGUUGUUGGACAAGAUCCGUCAAACGAAUGUGCAAGGUGGUGAAGCGGGUGGUAUCACCCAACAAAUUGGUGCAACUUACUUCCCAGUUGAUGCCAUUAAGCAAAAGACCGCUGUUAUGACCAAGUAUGAGAAACAACUUUUCGAAGUGCCAGGGUUGUUGAUUAUAGAUACACCAGGCCACGAGUCCUUUUCAAACUUGAGGUCGCGUGGUUCGUCGUUGUGUAACAUUGCCAUUUUGGUUAUCGAUAUUAUGCAUGGUCUUGAACAGCAGACAAUGGAGUCAAUAAGGUUGUUGAGAGACAGGAAAGCCCCCUUUGUUGUUGCAUUGAACAAGAUUGAUAGAUUGUACGACUGGAAAGAAACGCCAAACAACUCGUUUAGAGACUCAUUUGCUCAGCAAUCCAAAUCGGUUCAGCAGGAAUUCCAAAACAGAUACGACCAAAUAAAGUUGGCGCUUGCCGAGCAAGGUUUGAACUCGGAGUUGUAUUUCCAAAACAAAAGCAUGGCCAAGUACGUCUCCAUUGUCCCCACGUCAGCUGUCACGGGUGAAGGUGUGCCUGAUUUGUUGUGGUUAUUGCUUGAAUUGACCCAAAAGAGAAUGUCGAAACAAUUGAUGUACUUGUCCAAGCUCGAAGCCACCAUUUUGGAGGUCAAGGUGGUUGAAGGUUUCGGGUUCACCAUUGAUGUUGUGUUGUCGAAUGGUGUGUUGAGAGAAGGAGAUAGGAUUGUCCUUUGUGGAUUGAAUGGACCAAUUGCGACAAACGUGAGGGCUUUGUUGACGCCACCUCCAUCGAGAGAGUUGCGUAUAAAGUCGGAAUACAUCCACCAUAAGGAAGUGAAGGCCGCGUUGGGUGUCAAGAUUGCAGCCAACGAUUUGGAAAAAGCCGUUGCCGGUUCGCGUUUGUUGGUUGUUGGCGAAGACGACGACGAAGACGAGAUGAUGGACGAGGUCAUGGACGAUUUGACGGGCUUGCUAGAUUCAGUUGACACAUCGGGUAAAGGUGUAGUGGUGCAAGCGUCGACGUUGGGAUCUUUGGAAGCGUUGUUGGAUUUCUUGAAAGAUAUGAAGAUCCCCGUUAUGUCGAUUGGUUUGGGUCCAGUUUACAAGAGAGACGUUAUGAAGGCCGUUACGAUGUUGGACAAGGCGCCCGAGUUGGCUGUGAUGUUGUGUUUCGAUGUCAAGGUUGACAAGGAAGCAGAACAAUAUGCCGCUGAAAACCACAUCAAGAUCUUUAACGCGGACAUCAUCUACCACUUGUUUGACGCAUUUACCGCUUACCAAAACAAAUUGUUGGAAGCACGCCGGAAAGAGUUUAUGGAGUACGCUGUUUUGCCCUGUGUUUUGAAGACCAUCCAGAUCAUCAACAAGAGGAACCCCAUGAUUAUUGGUGUUGAUGUCAUUGAAGGUGCCGUGAAGAUAGGCACACCCAUCUGCGCCGUGCGCCACGAUCCAGUCACUAAGCAACCAAACAUCAUGGUCUUGGGUAAAGUGACGUCGCUAGAGGUGAACCACAAGCCUGCCGACUCGGUCAAAAAGGGACAGACCGCCGCCGGUGUCGCUAUGAGGUUGGAAAACCCAUCGUCGGCCCAGCCAACGUGGGGACGCCACGUUGACGAGAGUGACAACUUGUACUCGUUGAUCUCGCGUAGAUCCAUCGACACCUUGAAAGACCCUGCAUUCCGCGACACGGUGUCUAGAGAUGAUUGGUUGUUGAUUAAGAAAUUGAAGACGGUUUUCGAUAUAAAGUAG